GUAUGACCACACUCUCCCCCACAAUUCCCGAAAUCCCCAUCAAACCCCCCUCCCCAACUCAACCUACCGGUUCCCCCCCUUCUCUCUCUCUCUAUCACACCCAAAUCGUCCCGAUCCUCUGCUCAGCCACGCCACCGGAAAAUGGAAUCGUCUCCGAUCUACCGGCUCCCGCAGGACACUCUCCACCAGAUCUUCUCGAGCCUUCCACUCCGUCAGAUUAUGAUCUGCCGAUCGGUUUGCAAGCUCUUCCACCAGGUUCUGACCUCGUCAUGCUUCAUAGACCUUAUCUCCUCCCAAUCGCCUCUCUCCCUCAUCGCUCUCCGGCCCCCUCAUCACCACCACCACCAUCGCCACUUGUCGUAUCCUCCUUCCCUCAACGUCUUCGACCCCGACCAAAAUCAAUGGCUCAGAUUCACCCUCGACUUUCUCCCCUUCCGGUCACCGCACCCCGUCGCGUCCUCCCUCGGACUCAUCUACCUCUGGGCCGACUCGCCUCACUCGUCUGAGCCCAACAAGUCCCUCGUGGUCUGCAACCCGUUAACUCGUCAAUUCCGAGUUCUCCCCCAGCUCGGCUCGGCCUGGUCGCGCCACGGCUCAGUCCUCGUCGACUCGGCUAACCGGGUUAUGGUACUCACCGAACUCGCGGCCCUAUACUUCUCCGGGUCGAAUCAGUGGCUCAAAUUCUCUUCCAAUCUCCCGGCGAAACCCCGAAGCCCGAUCCUAGUCUCCGAGUCGGUCUACGCCCUCUGCGACGUCGGUUCACCUUGGCGAAGCCAAUGGAAGUUGUUCGCUUGCAAAAUCACAAGCGCCCGGAACUGCCAGACCUGGACUCGCCUGGAACGCCACGUGUGGGGGGACGUGUUCGACAUCCUAAAACGACCGCGUUUGGUCCGCGGGAGCGGGAACCGAAUCCUGAUGAUCGGGGGGCUGAAGUCAUCGUUUUCACUGAACGCGUCGUGCUCAACGAUCCUGAUCCUGAGGCUGGAUCUGGAGACGCUGGAGUGGGACGAGGCGGGCCGCAUGCCCGGGGAGAUGUUCGAGUGCUUCAAGGAGUCGAGCAAGUUCAAGGUGUUUGGGGGUGGUGAUAGGGUCUGCUUCUCGGGCAAGAGGGUCGGAAAAUUGGCCAUGUGGGAUUGCUGUGAAGGGAAAGGGGAGUGGCGGUGGAUCAACGUGGUGCCCGGGAGCGGCGUCGGCGAUGGGCUCUGUCGUGGGUUCGUGUUCGAGGCGAGGCUCACACGGCUUUGCCUUGAUGGCAAUUAGAGGGGUCGUGUUCAAGUGCCGGAUUGGAUGAAUUUUGAAUCUAUGGUAGUCAUGAAGCUUUCUUAUAUAACAAGGGAUUAUGCUUCCAAUCAAUCUGUAAGGCUUAGAUAAUGAUAAACUAGUCGUGCUAUAUAUGCAUACUUAUUAGCCAGAUUAUUCUGAUUCUGGGGUUCAAAUUAUGUGGCUCUAAACUAAUGUAUUAAGAUAUGAAUGUAUGCCUUGUGUGUGGUGUAUAGCUCAUUUUGAAAUAUUCUCCCGAAGGAAAAACAGGCUUGAGAAACAAAGCUGGAAUCUGUGCUAAAUGGAGAUGGUGCGAGUGUUUACUCCUAGCUCAGCUGCCUUCUCUUGCUAAAUAGCUCAGAAUAUGAUUGGAUAUAUGCCUUAAGCAGUGCUUU